AUGCGACAAUGGUGUGCUCGACCCAUCGCACCGGUUAGCAUUCUGCGAGUUCUCAUCAUCGUCACUGGGCUAUCCUUGAUCGGAGUUUGGUACUUUUUCCUGUCACUACGAGAUGCUCAUUGGGAGACGCUGGUAUUAACCAUCACCACUAAUCUACUCAAUCAAGGGUACUCACACAUACUUAUACCCAACUUUGUAUAUGCAGAAGCCGCGGUUGGAUUCAAAGACCCUGAUGAGCUCCAAGAUCAUCAACUCCGAAUUUCAACAAGCAGUCAGUUUUUCGGGCAAGCUAAAGUCAACCCAACCGUCAAUGUUGACGUCUACAUGGAGCAAGAGCUUGAGAGACGUCGGAAAAACUUAAACCGGGUGUGUCAAAGACUGAGACCGACCAUCCUCCCAGCAGACAAAAACUACACCGAUCUAUAUCACAGAGUAUUGGUCAGCGACAAGUAUAAGCUUCUCUUGAGUUAUAUACCUAAGGUGUCUUGCACGCUGUGGAAGAACCUUCUUCACUUGGACACAAGGGGACCCAAUAACCAGAUCCUGAUCAAACGUUUGGGAUUGUUGGAGGCAGAUGAGAUAGCUUGGUACCUCCAACACUACAAGAAAGCCGUAUUUGUCCGGGAACCCAUCACGCGCCUCCUUUCCGCCUGGAUGUCUAAGCUUUCCGGUAUCACGCGGCCUGACCUUCAGCAGAUUUGGGAGGAAUGCUUUAAGAGGGAAUUUGUGCCCCUUGUUAGGGGCAACAGAGACGGGAGCGCGGCGUCAUCGGCCAAAUGGCUGAAUAUAACCUUCGCCGAGUUGGCACGGUACGUCGUGGCCUUAGGACCGAACGACACUAUGGACGUUUUCACAGAUCACUGGCUCCCACAGAGCCGAGUGGCGCACGCCUGCCACAUGCAAUACGAUUACAUCGGGUACUUCGAGAACCUAGCAGUCGAAGGACCCUACCUCUUCAAGUGGUUAGGGGCGGGGAAUGAGCCAAACUUUCCCGGUCCGCAGCCUUCCAAGGCGAGCGCAGCUUUCGAGAAAUACACGCAGCAACUUCCCGUCAGUUUGAUCCGAGAACUGUUCGACUUGUAUCGAAACGAUUACGAAAUGUUUGGUUAUUCGAUAAACGAUACUCUGAAAACAAUAACUGGGAGUUGUACUUGGUUACGAUAA